UUCACUAAUUUACAACUUUAUGAUAGCUAAAAUUUUAUGUAAUAAAAGAAAAAUCAUAAGUAAUUUGACUAAAAUUACGUGUAAUUUAGGCAAGAACAGGCCGAGAAUGGGGCAGGUCAGGGCAGGUCGGGUGGAUGAGAGUACCCAUGCCCGCCCGCCUACGGGGAGGGUCAGACCCGCCCAGAACUGAUCAAACAGGUCAAGUCGAAAUUGUCAUCCCUAGUUAAAUGCUCCUAACCAUCCUCAAAAGAUGAAGUGGAGGACCAUAACCUGACCGUCGAUGUGAUAUCCACAUCAAGAAAAGAAUCAUGACUUAAUGAUAAAUUUUUUUUAUUGUUCAAGUUGACGAUCAAGAGAAAAAUCAAGCCGAAUAAGAGAGUUUUUUUAUAACCCAGAAACAUCUCACACACACACUGCUUUUGCAAUGGUGGAGCGAGACCAAAUCUGGGAGUUAACCUGCUUCAUCUCUUCGGACCUCCACGAGGAUCUCCAUUAAAUGACUCCAGGAACAUCAUAAUAGGUCUUGGUAGAAGGCAAACACCGGAUCUGCCACUUCUCGGAACGAGCGCACACUAACGGUGUCAGUGCUAGUUAAGUGACUUUUGGGGCAAUGGGGAAGUUAAUUUCAUAUCGCACAUUUGAGAGAUUUCGAAAAAGUUAAAAUCAAGGUAACCUUUUAGUGUAAAAUUGAGACUAAACUUAGAUAUUUAACCCUAGGCCCUGUUUACUUCCAUUUUCGUUUCCUGUCAACUGUUUUCAUGUCAUAAAUUUGGCAACCGAAAUGAGAAAACUUGUUUACUUCUCAUUCCGUUUUCUAUUCGUUUACAACUAUGAAAAUAGAAAGUGACAACUUCCUGCUGUUUUCGGAAACGACAAAAUGUUGUUUUUACCAGUUUUCAACAUCUGUUUUCUCAAAAAAUAAGAAAUAGAAAUGAAAAAAAAAAAACAGGCUCUUAAUUUUAGAUAAUCUUCCGUAAAAAAAAACAGAUAAUCUUCGUCGUGAGGCUUGGCCCAGACCCCACUGAGCACGUUGGGCUUAAAGCCUGGCCCGUGGACUACUUUGAAAAAACAACUGACAACUUGCUGGCCUUCUAAUUCAAAAUUUCGUUCAUCACGGUGACCACUCUUCUCAACGCUGCUUUGCUUGCUCUCACAGUCAGUCAGUCAGUCAGCGAGUCGCCAUUUUCAGCUCUCGCUCCCCAAUUUCACAAAGCAAACACAGGAAAAUGGACAUCUCCAAAGAUCAAAUCGCGACUCUCCUCGAUCACGACCUCCAUGCUUCCGCUCAGAUGCUCGGAUGCUUCCUUGUAUCGUCGACUUCGGCUAAUCCUGAAACAAGCCCUCAACUGAAGGCCGAAAAUCUGAUUCUUCUAGGAGACUCGCUGUUUCGUGACAGGGAGUAUCGAAGAGCAAUCCAUACCUACAAACAAGCAUUGCAGUACUGUAAGAUUAUCCCCAAGCAGAACUCAACUUCUGCUAGAACUUCACUCUCCAGCAGGUCCUCUUCGCCGAGUUCUUUUAACGCUUUAGCGAUUAAUGAAAACGAGGUGAAGUUCAAGAUUGCAUCUUGUCAUUCAUCACUGAAUGAAACCAGACUGGCUCUGGCCGAGAUGGAAGGAAUUCCUAGCAAAGCAAGAACUUUGCAGAUGAGUUUGUUAAUGGCAAAGCUUUUUCGGAAUUCCAGACAUAAUCGAUAUGCUAUUGCUUGUUACAGAGAGUGCUUGAGGAAUUGCCCUUAUGUAAUGGAAGCUAUUAUAGCCUUAGCUGAACUGGGAGUUGCUGCAAAGGAUAUCAUUUCAUUAUUCUCACAGACUUCAUACAAAAGUGGAAGGGCCCCGUUGGAGCAUAUUGACUCAAAUAGAUGGUUACAACGCUAUGUUGAGGCACAAUGUUGUGUGGCUUCAAACGACUACAAAGGUGGGUUAGAGCUCUUUGCGGAACUUUUGCAACGUUUUCCUAGCAACAUACACAUAUUACUUGAAACUGCUAAGGUAGAAGCAAUUAUUGGAAAGAGCGAUGAGGCUAUAGUGAACUUUGAAAAGGUGCGCUCGCUGGAUCCGUUUCUCAUUACUUACAUGGAUGAGUAUGCAAUACUUCUGAAGGGCAAGUCCGAUUAUACAAAGCUAAACAAGUUGGUUCAUGAUCUUUUAAGUAUUGACCCUACUAGGCCGGAAGUCUUCGUGGCUUUGUCAGUUUUAUGGGAAAGGAAAGAUGAGAGAGGAGCUCUAUCGUACGCUGAGAAGAGCAUCCGAAUUGAUGAGAGACACAUACCAGCCUACAUUAUGAAGGGGAAUAUACUUUUAUCACUGAAGAGACCAGAAGUAGCCGUAAUAGCAUUCAGAGGUGCCCACGAUUUGAGAGCUGAUCUUCGUUCAUAUCAAGGCCUCGUUCAUUCCUAUUUGGCUUUCUCCAAGACCAAAGAAGCUUUGCAUGCAGCCAGGGAGGCCAUGAAGGCCAUGCCUCAAUCUGCAAAAGCGCUGAAAUUAGUCGGGGAUGUACAUGCUAGCAACUCUAGCGGCAGGGAGAAGGCCAAGAAGUUUUAUGAGUCAGCAUUGAGGCUGGAACCUGGAUACUUUGGUGCUGCGUUAGCUUUAGCCGAGCUCCAUUGCGUAGAGGGUAGAAAUGGAGAUGCUGUCUCUCUGCUUGAGCGAUACGUUAAGGAUUGGGCUGAUGAUUCACUUCAUGUCAAGCUGGCUCAAGUGUAUGCCGCCACAAAUGCUCUGCAAGAAGCUUUGUCUCACUACCAGGCUGCAUUACGGUUGAAUCCCCAGAAUGAAGCCGCAAAGAAAGGCUUAGAGCGGUUGGAGAAGCAAAUGAAGGGUGUCGAUCCAGAUGCUCCUGAAGAAGAUGAAGAUAAUGAGGUCGAGGAUGCUGAUGAAGAACCAGAUGAGAUUGAGCUUCUCCGAGAGUAAAAUGCAGAUCCUGAAUUUCAACAUCAUAUGCAUUGUUGCCACUGCUAGCUUAGCAGCCUUCCUAAAUUUUUGGCAAUCAACCCAAGAGGCCUGAAACUGUACCGGAGAUGUGAUCAACUAUUAGACGAGUAAAGAAAACCAUCCUUGACAUCAUGACUAAGCAACCUACACAACUACCUCAGGGACUGCAGGUUAGAUAGUUUGUCAAUCUCUUGCCAUUUUUCUCAUGUAAAGAUCUCAAGCGAAAUGAUUCGACCUUGUUGUAAGUUUGCACUCAGCUCAAACAAAUGAUGGAAUUGCUGGUAGCUAAACAACAUCAUUCAUCCUGGUAGUUUCAUGUUAACAUUGUUGUGCGCUUUUGUUUUAACUGAAGUGACUUCACCAUAACUGUCAAAAAGACUAAUUAACUUCAAUUUGAACUGGAUAAAGCUAAGCACUGAAAUGAAAGAUCUUCACUUCUGCAUUAGUAACAUGCUUGGUUGCCAUUCUAACCUAAUUUCAAAUACAAUUGGCUGUAGAAA